AUGAUUAAUGAAGUAAACUUCUUUUGGCACCAGGACCACUCACUCAACUUUGGAUCAGAAAGCUCCUAUUUAGAUGAUAGACUCCUAAUUACAGAUAAUUAUUUGCCCAUACUUCCCAGCGCUAUUAAAGAAGGAAAUGCUCUUUGUUUAUUUUUAUGCUUCUAUUAUCUAAUCAAACUAUUUAUUACUUUGUCCCAAUAUCAAUAAAUAGUAGAACCUCUCUUUAGUAUACUUAUUUUAGUUAUGGGUUUGCACGAUGUUAUUAACAUCCUUCACUAUCUCAUAAUAGGAAUUUUAACCUAAUACAUUGGUAGUAUUGAUAUAUAGAACUAUAAUAGAUAACUUAAUUUACUCUCUUUGAAUUCAUCCAUAACUUAAAUAAUCAUUCAGGAAUUCGUUAGCUAUUAUCGUCCUGUCAAUGGACUACUUGUCAUUGAUAUUAUUGAGCAAAAGUCCUUUUAUUUUAAUUGCAUUACAAUUAAGUUGUUGUACUACUUUAUUUCGGUCUACACUCUAACUACUAUGCUAUUUAUUACUACCGAAACCCCAUUGCUCAUUCAAUUUUAUCUUGUACUUUUAAUUCUUUAUUGGAUAAUCCCUGUGCUUAUGUGUUUCAUCUGGCCAUUUGUAAUGCUAUGGUUCAUUGUAAUAAGGCAAGAAUUGCAUUAUCAAUAGAACAGGAACCUAAUCAUUAGAUUCUAUGAUUCCUUAUAGAACAUCAAAUUUAGAAAAUUAAAAGAACAACGCCCUUCAAUGCAAUAAAAUGAUUGCCCUAUUUGCUACUAAGAAAUUAAUGAAUCACAUAGUGUAAUUCAGUUGCCCUGUCAUCAGGAACACUAUUUCCAUGCUGAAUGUUGUAAAUAGUGGCUGGGAAGAGAUCCUCGUUGUCCACUAUGUAGGUAUGGAUUAGAAUAACCCAAAGAUGUGGCACUACUUGAAUUCAUUUGA